AUGAGGGCACCACCACCCCCAAGAGUCUCCAAAUCUAAUUUUUGGAUUCUAGCUGCCUCUUAUAUUAAAAAUAUUUUCAAUUAUCACAGGUUAAGGAAAAGAUGGAACCUUCAUCGAUUGAAGAAAAAGACAAAACAAUCACCUUAUAACAUAUCUCGGGAUAUUUCGCCAAUUUCUGGGAUUAGGAUUGAAGAUAUGAUGAACAUUCCCACUCACUUAUUACCAUCUUCCUCUAAAUCAAAACCUUUGUUAAUUGCAACUUUCCCUAGAGGAUGUUCUCAUUCUCCUCAUCUAAAACUAUUAGAAAAAAAUAAUUUUACUACAAGAACAAUAACAGGAAGAAAAUACAAGACCGAGUACCUCAACAAUAGCAGGAUCAAAUGUACAUCGAAUAAAGUAAAAAUUCUAUCCAAACAUGAUCCCAGUUUAAAAUGUGUCAAGACCGUCCGAUCUAUCAGAGGAACAACAAAAAAAUAUGCUGAUGUUAGGUUAAUCUUUCAUGAUAAAAAUGUAAUAAAAGUUUCAAAUAUAACGAAUACUAAGAAUAUCACUCCAACUGUUCUUGAGUUUGAUGGAACAAAUGUAAUUGAACUUAAAAAUUAUGAGAAUUUUCGGAAAACUACACUAAGAAAUCAUGUAUCUGGCACAGAAAUUACCAACCAACCAUAG